AUGAGGCAUGCGUUGCAUCACGGGGUCGCGUGUGGGCGAUCACUCGCUGAUUCCAACAGCGUGGACUUCAUGGGCGCCGCCGUGGCUUCGUCGACCCAGAAUCGGAGUUUGAGCGUGGCGGAACAGCAACAACAACAGUCCGCGCCAGUGGCGCCGCCGUCGCUGCAGCAACCAGCUAUGAUGCGUCCAUCGUCGCCGUUUUUGGGCCCAGUCAUCGACAGCACGGUGGAUGAGGAUGAAGCUGGUGAUGAUGAUGAUGAGGAGCAGCAGCAGCAGCAGCAAGCAGGAGUGGGAGACAAUUCGGAUUCCUCCACACCGUUGCUUGGUGGUCGGGAUGAGGAACCCGGGUUUGUCGGGUUCCGGCCGUACCAACCGCGGGUGCAGAGUGGUGGGGAGAAUAGGGCGCCGGCUGUGUGGCGUCCGCGGUGGCCUUCGUCGUCGCAGAGUCGCCAGCAGGAGUCGUCCACACUGCCGCAUUGGUUUCCCACGACAACGUCACGAUCUACAUCUUACAAAAACUUUGGGUUCCCGGUGUUCAGUGUCAAGUCUCGGCCGCCACCGAAAGAAUCUGUCACCGCACCUACUUUUCUGUCCACGCCAGUAAUCAGUUCCCCGAAUGCCGCCACGAACUGA